AUGACUUUCACACAAUUCAAGACAGAGGCACUCGAAGGCUUAUGCACCCAAGAGCAACUCGAUCUCUUGGACUCCAUCGACACGCUCCGAUCACAGGGCAUCAGCCACUAUGUCUCUCUCCCACAGAUAAUCGUCUGUGGAGACCAAUCUUCCGGAAAGAGUUCCGUUCUCGAAGCUAUUUCUGGAGUAUCAUUUCCAGUGAAAAGCAAUCUCUGCACUAGGUUUCCAACCGAGUUGGUUCUGCGGAAGAACUCGCAAGUAGGAGUCCGAGUUUCCAUUGUCCCUCACCAAUCCCGCAGCGAGGCGGAGCAGCAUUCCCUUAGCAGCUUUUGUGAACAACUCGAUGGAUUCAAUGGCCUUGCAGAUUUGAUAGACAAUGCAAAGGCAGCAAUGGGGAUAUCGACCCAUGGAAAAGCAUUUUCGAAUGACCUCCUGCGGGUUGAAGUCUCGGGCCCGGAUCGGCCACAUCUCACGAUUGUCGAUCUUCCAGGCCUUAUCCACUCGGAAACACGGCAGCAGUCCGCAGCCGAUGUUCAGUUGGUUCAGGACGUGGUUCAAUCGUAUAUGAGAGAACCAAGAAGUGUUAUCCUUGCUGUUGUGUCCGCCAAAAACGAUUUUGCGAACCAGAUCGUUCUACGUUUAGCGCGGGAUGCCGACCCAUCUGGAGUCCGGACUCUCGGUGUUAUCUCCAAACCUGAUGUACUGGUACCGGGAUCUGAGAGUGAAGCUUCGUUUGUGUCGCUUGCUAAGAAUCAAGAGGUAGAGUUCCGUCUAGGAUGGCAUGUUUUGAAAAAUAUGGAUUCGGAGAAAGGUCAGUCGAGUUUACUUGACCGGAAUACCCAGGAAUGCGAGUUCUUUUCUCAAGGGAUUUGGGAAGAGCUUCCACGAUCUCUUGUGGGUGUUGACUCGUUGAGAACUCGUCUUAGCGGUCUGCUUCUUGGUCAGAUUGCAAUUGAACUCCCCAGCCUUAUCGAGGAGAUUAAUACAAAGGCCAACUCCUGUCGGGUACAACUCCAAAAACUCGGCAACCCUCGUGCAACGGUGGAUGAACAAAGGUCAUAUCUUUUGCAUAUUAGCCAAGCAUUCCAAUCUCUUGUGAAAGCAGCCGUGGAUGGCACUUACAACGAUCCUUUCUUUGAAGAUGCGAAAACGAACACUGGGUAUCAAAGGCGUAUCCGAGCAGUCGUUCAGAAUUUGAAUGAGCAAUUUACGAAGAAAAUCUCUCUACGUGGCCAUUUACGGCAUGUUCUCGAAAACGAAGAUCAAAGAUCAGUCUCCAAGCAUCAGAUUCCUAUCACAAGAAACGAAUAUGUUCAGCAUAUAGAAAUACUUCUCAAAAGGACAAGAGGUCGAGAAUUGCCUGGAACCUUUAAUCCUUUGAUUGUAAAGGAUUUGUUUCAAGAACAGUGCGGCCCUUGGGAAGAUAUCACACAAAGCCAUAUUGCUGCGACUUGGGUGGCUGCAAGGGAUUUUCUUCAACAGGCAGUCUGUUAUGUGGCAGAUGGGACUACUUCGAAAACCAUUUUCAACAAGGUGGUUUCACCCGCUCUAGGAAAUUUACGACGUACACUAGAAAGACGGAGCGAAGAGUUCCUUAUACCGCAUCAGCGAGGUCAUCCCAUUACCUACAAUCACUACUUCACCGAAGCACUUCAAGAAACUCGGACUAAUCGCCAAAAAGAAGCUUUUCGUGAGACUCUUCAAUCAUACUUCGGUGUUGACACACUUUCAACAUCCCACACCGUGCAACACACAAUCAAUCUCCAAGGCCUUUACAACUCUCUCCUUCGGGAGACCAUACCAGAUAUGACACGUUUUGCCUCAGAAGAGGCACUGGACUGUAUGCUUGCGUACUACAAAGUUGCACUGAAACGUUUCGUUGACGACAUUGCCACCGAGGUGAUCGAAGUCAAGCUUCUAAGUGCACUACCAGCACUUUUUACUCCCAUAACUGCGUUUGAGAUGGAAAAAGACCUGGUCACUGAAAUUGCUGGUGAAUCGGGGGAAAGCCAAAGUCUCCGGGAACAACUAACCAAAAAACUGUGGAUUCUUACGAAGGGUUCUGAUACGUGUCGGCGCUUCGUUGGUAUCAGAGGGCUCGAUUCGGACGUGGGUGCCGGGGCUCAGGUACUACACGAUCAAGAAGCAUUGUCUGAGAGCUCUUUCAGUUCAAUCGGACUACCUGAGGGCGUUGUUGCCAGUGAGCCUGAAUCAGAAAACGAACCACCCAGGUCAUACAGCCCUACGGUACCAGAGCAGACUGUCGAAACCGAGUACGCCAUUGAGCAGCAUACCCCAGAGCCAGGACAACUGCCCAAAGUGUUUGUUUUUUCCACGAGCAGCAAGAAGAGCAAGAAGAAAGGAAAGCUUGCGUCUAAACUUCCGAGUACUCCUUUGUAUGAGGAUCCUGUGAAGUUUUGA